CAAGACGACGUGUCGGUGCAGCUGGAGGCGCUCGACAUUCUCGGUGACCUGCUGAGCCGCUUCGGAGGCCUGCUCAUCAGCUUCCACCCGACGAUACAGCAGGCAUUGCUGCCGCAGCUCUCCAGCCCGCGGCUAGCCGUCAGGAAACGCUCCAUCAUCGCCCUAGGCCAUCUGGUGAUGAGCUGCAACAACCAGCUGUUCAACACACUGAUAGACUUCCUACUGGGGGAGCUGACCCAGAAUACAAACAUCUCCACAACUCGAACCUACGUCCAGUGUAUCGGUGCCAUCACGCGGCAGGCGGGUCACCGCGUCGGCGAGCACAUUGAGGCCAUCCUGCCGCACAUGGUGCGCUACUGCAAGGUGGAAGACGAUGAGCUGAGAGAGUACUGCCUGCAGGCGUUCGAGUCGUUCGUCCGACGCUGCCCGAAGGAGAUAUCGACGCAUAUUCCCACAAUUAUCACCUUGUGUCUGGAGUACCUUUGCUAUGAUCCUAACUACAACUAUGAUGAUGACGAUGACGAUGAAGAUAGCAUGGAUACGGAGGCUGAUGAAGAGCAAGGGGAGAGUGACGAUGAGUACAGUGACGACGAUGACAUGAGCUGGAAGGUGCGCAGGGCGUCGGCGAAGUGCCUGGAAGCGAUCGUCGCCACCCGACACGAGAUUCUACCCGAGCUCUACAAGACCGUGUCGCCUGCGCUCAUCAGCAGGUUUAAAGAGAGAGAGGAGAAUGUGAAGGCAGACUUGUUCCAUGCCUACAUCAUGCUGCUGAAGCAGACCCGGCCCAAAGUCUCCAGUGGAAGCGUCGACCCAGACGCCAUGGAACAGGGUGACAGGUGCGUGAUGAUGACGUCCAGUGACAAGGACUUCAGGUUCAUGGCAACCAAUGACUUGAUGUCUGAGCUGCAGAAAGACUCGAUCAAGCUCGACGAUGACAGCGAGCGUAAAGUCGUGCGCAUGCUGCUCAAGCUGUUAGAGGAUAAGAAUGGAGAGGUGCAAAAUCUUGCUGUGAAGUGCUUGGGCCCACUUGUGAGCAAAGUAAAGGAAUUCCAAGUAGAGACCAUUGUAGACACAUUAUGUUCUAAUAUGGUGUCUGAUAAAGAACAACUGCGAGACAUAUCAAGCAUUGGGUUGAAGACUGUAAUAGGUGAACUACCAUCAGCCUCUCAUCCGCUAGCUGCCAGUGUCUGCAAGAGAAUCACAGGCAGGAUUACUGGGGCUAUUGCCAAGGCCAUCUGGCGCAGGCGGGUCACCGCGUCGGCGAGCAAUAUUGAGGCCAUCCUGCCGCACCAUGGUGCGCUACUGCAAGUGGAAGACGAUGAGCUGAGAGAGUACUGUCUGCAGGCGUUUCGAGUCGUUCGUCCGACGCUGCCGCGAAGGAGAUAUCGACGCAUAUUCCCACAGGGACAGAUCAUCUGUAACCUUGGCGACAUCCUGAGCAGCGAGCUGGGCGUCUGCCUGCCCAUCUUUCUCGAGCGCUUGAAGAACGAGAUCACGCGCCUGACGACCGUCAAGGCUCUCACGAAGAUCGCCGGAUCGCCGUUGAAGAUCGAUCUACGACCGAUUCUGGGCGAGGCCGUGCCAAUACUCGCGUCGUUCCUGCGUAAGAACCACCGCGCGCUCAAGCUGAGCACGCUCACUUGUCUCGACGUUCUCGUGCAGAACUACGGCGGCGCCCUCACACCGCACAUGAUGGAGAACACGAUGAGCGAGCUGCCGCCGCUCGUCAACGAGAGCGACCUUCACAUCUCGCAGUUAACACUGACCCUGCUAACGUCGUUGUGUGCCAUCCACCCGUCAUCCAUGACUAAUAUCUCGGAUGCUAUACUACCAGAGAUCAUGGUGCUGGUGCGAUCUCCACUGCUGCAGGGUGGAGCCUUGACUGCUUUGCUGGAACUGUUUCGCAACCUGGUGGCCACCGGACUGCCACAAGUUGCAUUCCGGGAGCUGCUGCAGAUGUUGACUGCCCCCAUCUACAACCCCAGCCCACAGACCCAGCCUCUGACAUCAGCAUUUGCAGUACACAAACAGGCGUUCCACUCGAUUGCCAAAUGCGUAGCAACGCUGACACUCGUGUGUCCGCAGGAAGGCGCCUCUGUCAUUCACCAGUUUGUCAACGAUGUAAAGAGUAGCAAGUCGACGGACUCUGUUCGCCUGUUUGCUAUGCUGGCUUUGGGUGAAAUAGGAAAACACGAGGACCUGAGUGGACAGCCAGAGCUGAAGGAGGUUUUACUAAAUGCAUUCAACUCACACAAUGAAGAGGUGAAAUCAGCUGCAUCUUAUGCACUAGGACUACUGCAGGGGCAGGUGCCGGCGAUAGUUAAGGCACUUCACAGACAGCUGAAGGAGAAGAGUGUGAAGACUCGGCAAGGCUGCCUCGCUCUGCUGACAGAGCUGGUGACCGUGCUUCCCGGCGCCCUCACUGAAAACGUCCCACUGCUUAUCCCCGGCAUCAUCUUCUGUCUCGGGUAUAAAAACUCGAGUUCUAACAUGAAGAUCGACACGUUGGCGUUUCUAAACUGUGUCAUGGCGGCACACUCGCCAGAAGUUUUCCAUCCACACAUCAACAUUCUCGUUCCGAAAGAGCUAAUCAGGGAAGUGGAAAUGGGUCCAUUCAAACACACAGUAGAUGAUGGACUAGACAUACGAAAGGCAGCAUUUGAGUGCAUGUACACCCUUCUGGACACAUGUCUGGACAGGUUGGAUCUGUUCGAAUUCUUAAAUCACGUUGAGGACGGCCUAAAAGACCACUACGACAUCAAAAUGCUCACAUAUCUGAUGCUGGUGCGACUGGCCUCUCUUUGCCCCAGUGUUACGCUGCAGAGAGUCGACAGGCUAGUGGAACCUCUGAAGAACACCUGCCUUGCGAAGGUGAAAGCCAACUCCGUGAAGCAGGAGUAUGAGAAGCAGGACGAGCUGAAGAGGUCGGCUCUACGUGCCGUGGCUGCACUCCUGGGCAUACCGGACGCAGACAAGAAUCCGCUGAUGAGUGACUUCCUCGCACAGAUCAAGUCGAACGCCGAGCUGUCGACAAUGUUUGACAGCAUCCAGAAAGACGUGUGCGCCGUUGCCUCGGAAACGUCGCUCAUGGACCUCAGCUAGGUGGCGCCACCUCCAUGAGCGCGUUGGGAGUGUCAGUGGUGUGCGACAACGAGCGGCCCAGUGGUUACGCUCAACGUCGCCGUGCCUGCCGGUGAGUCAGCAGCCGGGACGAGGCGGAGAUGCGGUGGUGCCACCUACGACAAUUCGUUCGCUGGGGCGACGGUUGUCGGGCAGUGUGGGUGACUAACUGGUGUCCCGAAUCUAUGUAUGCUUAGGCUCAUGCUCGCGUGGAUUGUGUGGAUAACCACGCGCCACGAAAUUCUUGUGGCUUUUUGUUGAGUUGAUAAGUUGAUAACCAUGUUUUAUGUAUGAAUUUAUGUAUGUAUGUGUGUGUGUGUAUAUAUGUGUAUAUCUAUAUAUCUAUAUAUAUAUAUAUAUACAUGCAUACAUUCACAUAACCUAUAUAUAUACAUAUAUAUAUAUAUAACAUAACCUUCCUUAGGGUCAUUAUGAAAUAUGCUUGGUUUUCCAGUGAUGUCCUAUAGCCGAUAGAGACCUUUGUUGUAUGCAGCAUUCUUUAAUUUGCAGUUAUAGAACUGGACUGUUGCUGUAUAAAAACAAGGGUUGUGAUGCAAAGUUUUGCUGUGAACAGUGAAUAUAACUCCCUGUUGCCUUUUCCUUCGUAGGUGUGGGAAUAUAUUCUAUCCAUUUCUCUUUGCUGGAAGCUGUAUAAUGUUUGUAGUAUUUGCUUUACUACACAUAGUUAUGAAUUUCAUCUCUCCAAUGUACAUAAAUUCAAUAACUUUAUAUUUAAGGAAACUGAAAUCCACUGUGUACUUGUGUAGUCGUAUAACUACUGGCGAUCUUAUUCUGUUGGGUUACAGAAAUCUAGUACUGGUGUUGAUAGAAUAAUCCACGUUUAAAACACAUUUUCCAAAACCAUGCGUAAUUUAGAAAAAAAAGCGUUUUAAUCAACAUCCCAUAUAUUGUCGAAUAAGAACUUCGGACAUACAUACUUCGUAAAACGACAAGCUGUAACGUUAUAUAUACGUAUAGAAAUAGAUAAGGAUAAGAAGAGUACGGAAUAGAGUUCAUGGGGUGCACAGUGACUACUAGAGUAGCAGAAAUCUAUGCUUUGAUCGAGACGCACCGAUCGCAUCCGUAAUUUUCUAUUGAUGAGUUUGAGUGAGAACAUGCCGGCAGGGCUAUGCGCCUGCUGUGUGUGCUGCCCUCCUCUGAUUGCGUGGGCGGUUGUCAUGUUGGCUCCGUGAACGUCUGUCGUCUACUGACGGGAGCUGAUGACCGUAUGUCCAGUAUCGAUGUCAUUUCAAACGCUUUGGUAAUAAAACAUGCAAUAUUUUUGCUGGUUA